AUGGACCAGAGUAAUAAUACGAGCGAAGGCUUGACGGAGCAGGCUGGGACGCAGAAGAGAAACGCCUUCACCGAGCUCAUGGGCUCCAAGAACAAACAACACAAGUCCGAAACCAAAGCUCCUUCGGAUCGCAAUGCAGUCAAAGGCAAAGCUACAUUCGGCGUCCGAGAUGGAUUAGGUGCUUACAUCGAUAAGCCUGAGAAAUAUCCCCCUAGUGUUGUGGUCUACCACAAUGAAGAUUUUGUGGCGAUCUAUGACAUGUUCCCUAAGUCCUCACUACACCUCCUCCUUCUUCCCCGCGACCAGACGAAAACGCGCCUCCACCCAUUUGAUGCCUUCGAAGAUGCCGAAUUUCUGGCCAAGGUCAAGGUUGAGGCCGGUAAGCUCCGCAGUUUGGCAGCAGGCGAGUUAAGACGCAAAUAUGGGAAAGACUCUGCGCAGGAGCAGGCGCGACAGGCAGCUUUGAGCGCAGACCCACCGCCGGAUGAGCUACCGCAAGGUCGCGACUGGGAACAAGAGAUCGUAGUCGGCGUCCAUGCAGUGCCGUCUAUGAAUCACUUGCACAUUCACGUGCUAUCAGUGGACAGAUACAGCGACCGCCUGAAACACCGGAAACACUACAAUAGCUUUUCAACGCCAUUCUUUGUGCCGAUUGACGAUUUCCCAUUGGGGCCUAACGAUGAACGACGGCGACCAACUGCAGAAGGAUAUCUCAAGCGGGACUUUGCUUGUUGGCGUUGUGGAAAGAUGUUUGGAAACCGAUUCACCGAAUUGAAACAACAUCUAGAGCAAGAGUUUGCAAAUUGGAAGAGAGUAUAA